AUGAAUGAGGAUCUCAUUUACGAUACCUCAUUGUUGUGCCAUGCAACACUCACAAAUCUCGUUCAGAAAGGUUCUCUGAACGAGCGAUGCGUUCUUCAGUUUCGAUACAAGAGUGACUACUCGGAUGAGGAAAAUAUAUGGGGCUCUGUAGAGACCUAUAAGCGCCUCCUUGGACUUAUAGUGUUCAAUCAGUGUGAAAUAAAGGCCGAUCUUCGGUUAGCUUUGGAACGUUUCGCAUCCACUCUUACAAACUUCAAAAGUACGCUGGUAUCAGGUCUUCUCGUCAUAAUUCUCCACAACGAAUCAAAUGACAAACUUCGCUUCAACGAUCUUGUCAAAGUGCACAAAGUGAUGGUGAAUCAACUGAAGGACUCGAUAUACGAGCUGCCCGCGUACAGUGAAGUCGUGGUACUACCAGGCAACGGGUUUCAAGAUGAACAAUGCUGCAUGCAAGUAUGCGUUAAUAGUAGUAGUGGUGGUAUGUAUCAGCGCUAUUAUCGGUUCAAUUCCCUUCUUGACAAUAUCCUCCGCGACACUCUGUUGCGUGAGGCGCAGUCCCUGCGUUUGAGCAUCGUAACCUAUCUGAAAGGUCACUUCAAACAGUCGAGAUCGCCUCCCUCACCACCUACAAUCCUUGUUCCCUCCCACAAAGGCAAAUGCCUUAGUUUUUCAGGGCAACGAUCUGUUCCUGUUGUGAGUGUUUGCAUCGGUGAGGUGAUGAAACCCUUGGAACACAGUGGAGAUCUAUCAGAACCAUUUGGUUAUGCUCUUCAAUGGACUUCAGAACACAGCUCACCGUUGACUGUCAUAUCUGCCCAGUCAAGCGCAGAGAAGGCUUUAGAGUCGCAAUCCGAUAAAUCACAAAGCAAAUUCGGUCCUAUCGUGUAUGAGGCGUUCGCCUGGGGCUUGCGAGAGACAACUCCGGCUGAAAGUCGACAACGCCUAUGCCGGAUGAACAAGCUUACAGGCGACCUGUUUGUCCAGUUGGGUGAAUUUGAGGUUGGUCAGUGGUACUACCGCAAUGCCAUACGCUACUCUUCUCACAGUGAUCCAGCUGUCUGGCAAUCGGCACUCCUUACUGGAUUUGCUGCCGCGCUCUACCUCAAGGAAGUCGAUAUCUUUGGCUGGCGUCGCUUCAUUGAUCCAUGUUGUCUCAGGCGUAGCGCUAAAAAACCGUCGGGACUCCUCUCGCCUGUGCUCGAUACUACUGAUUAUAUUACUGGACUGGAUCUGGCAGUUACAAGGAAACUUGACUCUAAAUUACCGCGAAGCGCAGCUCAUGCCUUAUUCCGUGCAAAUCAGUCCAUUCAGAGCUUGCGUAAAGCUUCUUUGAUUCCACGGUGUAUGAUUGAGGUUAUGUACAAAAACGCCGAUCAUCUUGUGACUCUUCCAAAAAGAAGCAGCGCUAUUCGUGUCCUCACAUCACUCCAGACAGAUCUGAUUCCUCAAGGGGAUGCCUUCAUUUUCGAGCGCCUUUACGUGCUGGCCAACCUCUGCGUACGCCUGGGCCUGCGACACAAGGCGGGUCUGCUGCACUACCUGCUGGAGAACAGCCUAUUCAGCGCCAUUCCACUUCCGCACACCCGCCCUCCACCCUUGCUCACACGGGCCUCGGAGAGCUGCUACGCUUUCAUCAAUCGCUUCAGCUCAAGCUACCUCGGUUCAUCGUAUCUCACUGAGGCCUAUCAGUUGCGCAUAUCUCCUUCUGGUUUCCGUCGCGCCUCUGAUAAUCCCAUUGGCGUGGUCUUUGUCUGCUCUCUUGUUUCCCCUACUGUCGACUACGAAACCGCUGCUGCCUCCUCCUCGCCUGGCUGGCCCGUCCUGCAGCGCCAGUUGCUCGUCUCGAUUAUUAGCAGGAUUCGUACGGCCGUUGAGCAAUCUACUAGCAACAUUUCUGAGGCUAAUUGGGAACAGUGUAUCGGGCUGUUGAGCUACAUGUUUUCCUUGGUCAAUGGAUGGCACAGAGGCUUGCCAGCAUCCGAUUUGCCCAAUUACAUUGAGAUCCUGCAGAGCCUGGCCAAAGCCAUGCCAGUGGAUCAGCCACCUCUUCCCCAAGACGUGUCUCGUGAGCUGUUGUUCUCACGCCAUCACCACGGGGAAGUACUCGAAUCCAGCGCAGUCCGUUACUCAUUUGGCAAACCUCUCAGUUCCACACUGCAUCCUCUCUCCGAACUGGUCGAACUGCAUAUAGAUAAAGUGCCCAUUGUUCGAAGCCUCUCUAUCCGAAGACUACCACCACACAGUCUUCCCUCACGCAUGUCCUACGAAGCUCUCUCCAGCAUGGUUGCAAUUGAGGAAACUAUGCCCGAUUAUCCGGCCCCUUAUAACAGACGAAAGACCCUCUUGAGACAGCCGACUUUUAUCACCAACCCUUUCCAACUUUCUUCAUCAGAUACUGCUGACUGGGUGGGCAACGACCUGGGCUACAUAGACGUUGUUUUCGACAAUCCCUUUGCCAUACCACUUGAGUUAAAUAAUGUGUGCUUUGAGCUCAUUGAAGACACGGAUGAUUCUUCUGCACGAACGAUAACUCUCAAAAGCGUUCAAAUUAUUUCCGCUCCAGGAACUCUAGAGGAUGAAAUAAUCCUCAAGCCCUUUUCAGAGUGCCUGUUUGAGCAGGUUCCUUUUUACCUCGCUCACGGCAUUCUACCGGGUACCAAAGGCUACACCGAAAAAGUCAUACUCGCACCCGAUUCCACACGAAGCCGUUUUGUUUUUGCUCUCACCGUUCCCUGCAACCUCUCUGAGAUUGGAACCGACAGGUGGCGAGUGUGCGCUAUCUCCUAUGCACUUCCCACAUUCGGUGGGUUUCGGGUGUGCCGACCUCUGAACGGUUGCAGAAGCAGUGGCUGGACGCUCUACCCCUCACCACAGGACGCGCUGAAUUCUGCGGAGGAGUGUGGCGUGAAGGCUCAAGUAUCGAUGGCGCAGAUGGCCUUGCCCCCACCCAUUCGCAUGUGCUUUCCUCUGCCGCGUCUCUGUCUGCUGGUGGGGGCCUGCACGCACGAGCGGGUGGAUCGAGUGAAGCAACCGCCGCGUGGAUCCAUUCUCGACAGUCUGGCUACUGCUGCACCCUCUUUCUCGCCGUGUCUUCGACUGGCUAGCGCUCUAAAUAAUCAAGAGACCAAACAGAAUGUCUGCAAUAUAAUUGUCGACUUACAUCCCUACGAGACGCGUUGGCUACCGAUUCAGCUCUUUGUGGGGAAGAACGCUUGCAGCCUUCCUGAGACCCUAAAAAUGGGCCAGCAACUGCGUCGCUACGAAGGCGAGUCCUAUCUCAAUAUCCUGCACAUUUCCCUCCAGACCACCCUGAGCGCCAACAAGUUCCUACAAAAGUACAACCUGCUCCUAGGACAGUUUCUUCAAAUCCCUAAUGUGCUAGAUGUUAGGCAGAAGCUGCCGCUUAAGUUGACGCCCAUGGAUGCCACAAAGCACUGUCGGCUGAAGCACUGCAAGACCGACGACUGUUGCGGCACACUGUGGUUGAAGGUGGACUCGGGUGCUUUCUGGGACGCUUGGUUGCACGAUACUUCGGCAACCCAAUGCCCUGGCCCUCAGUCCCUUGUCGCCCAACUCUGCAUCGAGUUCGCUGCGGACGUUGCACCAGCCACCACGCAGGAGGAGAAUUUGUCUCGCACCGUGAUUGGUCGUUGCGUUAAGGUUGGCAUUGAGAUCCGCUUCCUCACCUCCCUUGAUGCACCCAUCCGUAUUCUCAGCCCUCAGAUCAGACAUGAGGCUCUGGCGUCCGAUAAAUCACCCGCUGAUUGUACCUUCCAGUUUAAGCUGGAGAGUGUGCUGUCGCCGGAGCUCAAGAACGUAAUUCAACCUUCAUUGGACUGUCGUUUCUAUCGUAUCGAGGUGGAUGUUGAGUUCUUUUGGUACAAGAGUAACUGUCUCUUUCGGAACAACCUGAAAGCUCUCCCUCUGGCUACACAGUGGACCCCCUUUGUAGUGAACGAGGUGGCGGGGAUUGAGUGUAAAGGCGCAAGCAUGGAGAAGAUGGUGGCUGGUCUCAUUCCCUCCGAGGCGCCUGAGGUUGGACAAGGUCACAGCUUGAUGGGACUACCUCUUUCUCGUCUCCUUCAAAUUUUUCAACAAGCCGCCUUCCCACCCCUUGCUGUGGCGACCCGCCCCACUGAUGAACUCCUGCUGCCUCUACCACUACCCCAUUCUCUUGGACGUUUGCUGGAGUGCUGGAUAGAGAUACGCUGGACUGCUCGAAUGGUGUUGAAUGUAUCGACCUCAGGGGGCCCAGAUGCCUCUCCAAGUGUUCGAAAUCAUUUCUUGCCAAAUUUACGCAGUGGUCGCAUUGUUCCUCUCUCCCCCGUCCUUUCAUCAGAGUCACCCACUCCUCCGUGGUACUUCCCACUCCUCAAGAAUCCCUACUUUGUUGCCAAGAUCCUCUGGAAGAAUAGGAUAUGGCUUCAGCUGGUGCAGCGUUUUCAAUACGAUGUGCCGGUCUACACGGCACAGGAGUGUCCGGUGUGUCGUACGACUGCAGCCGACAGCAAGGGUCCGGCGUCGUCCUUGCGUCGCAACACUCCCACGGUGGAUGCAAUGGCAACGCACGUCGCAGUACUUCUACCAGCAAAAAUGCCUCUUGAGCUCUAUGGCGGCAUUGAGGGUGACGAAUUCUUCAACCACCUGCACGACAUUUUGACCAAGCAGUUCAGCCCCUUUGUCGAUGCUUCUCGACGUGUUUGUGUGGACCUCUCCGAAACCAAAGCGGAUUUUGUCACUGAGGCUGCACUUAUGGCUAUGCUGCAGGAUGGAAUAGUGCUGCACCGUCUCUGGAUAGGCCUCAAUGUCUUUGAGGCCAGCGAGAGUGGCAAGUACCUCACCACAUCCAGACCACUGGCCGAGGGCAGUGGAUUCUGCCUAGAUGGAUGUCUCAGAGGACAGAUGGGCUGUCUUUAA